UGCAAGAUGGCGGCGGCUCGCUAAAGGAAUUCGUUGCUCUCACCCCCCCCUCUCCCUCCCGCCGCCGUUAUAAACCGAACGUCCUCCGAGGAGAGCACGAGAGGCCGCAGCGAGGCCGAGGAAGUAGCUGGCCGAUCGCCGUGUCGCGAUGACAGUGUUUUUGUUUUAAUUAUUGUUUUACCGAGGGCAGCGUGCGUGGCUCCGCCUCGGACUGGGAUCAGCAGACAUUUUCUUUUUCCCCUAUUUUUUUUUUUUCCUUUUUGUUUUAUUUUCUUUUUCACUUUUUUUUUUUUUUUUUGUUGUUGUUUAUUCCCACCGCGGUCGGUCGUUGCUUUCUGAAGGCAGGAUAAUCGAGGUCGGCCUGUGCCGCCUGUGUGGGGUGUGAGGAGGCCGCCAUGACGUCCAUCCAUUUCGUGGUGCACCCGCUGCCUGGCACCGAGGACCAGCUCAAUGAUCGGCUAAGGGAAGUUUCUGAAAAGCUGAAUAAAUACAACUUAAGCAGCCAUCCACCUUUGAACGUACUUGAACAAACCACUAUAAAACAGUGUGUAGUAGGACCCAAUCAUGCUGCUUUCCUUUUGGAGGAUGGCAGGGUCUGCAGAAUUGGCUUUUCUGUUCAACCAGAUAGACUAGAAUUGAGUAAACCAGAGAGUAAUGAUGGUUCAAAGUUAAACACUGGCUCAGGGGCAGGAAGGACAUCCAGACCAGGCAGGACUAGUGACUCUCCCUGGUUUUUGUCUGGUUCUGAAACUCUGGGCAGACUUGCAGGCAACACCCUUGGCAGUCGUUGGAGCUCAGGUGUGGGUGGAAGCGGAGGGGGAUCUUCUGGACGGUCAUCUGCUGGUGCUCGUGACUCUCGCAGGCAGACACGUGUUAUUCGCACAGGAAGAGACAGAGGUUCUGGACUCCUUGGCAGCCAACCACAGCCAGUUAUUCCAGCAUCUGUUAUACCUGAGGAACUGAUAUCUCAGGCACAAGUUGUCCUUCAAGGAAAAUCUCGAAGUGUCAUUAUCAGAGAGCUACAGAGGACAAAUCUUGAUGUAAACCUUGCUGUAAACAAUUUAUUGAGUCGUGAUGAUGAAGAUGGUGACGAUGGAGAUGACACUGCUAGCGAAUCUUACUUGCCUGGAGAGGAUCUUAUGUCACUGCUGGAUGCUGACAUUCAUUCUGCUCACCCAAGUGUCAUAAUUGAUGCUGAUGCUAUGUUUUCAGAAGAUAUUAGCUACUUUGGGUAUCCAUCUUUUCGGCGCUCUUCACUUUCCAGGAUAGGCUCAUCUAGAGUUCUCCUUCUUCCCUUAGAGAGAGACUCUGAGCUGUUGCGCGAACGUGAGUCAGUUUUACGUUUGCGUGAGCGGAGGUGGCUUGAUGGGGCCUCAUUCGAUAAUGAAAGAGGCUCCACAAGUAAAGAAGGUGAGCCCAUCUUGGAUAAGAAGAAUACCCCAAUACAAAGCCCUGUGUCACUGGGAGAAGACCUGCAGUGGUGGCCAGAAAAGGAUGGAACUAAAUUUAUUUCCAUUGGAGCACUUUAUUCAGAGCUGAUUGCAGUGAGCAGUAAAGGAGAAUUGUAUCAAUGGAAAUGGAUGGAAUCUGAACCUUACAGGAACACACAGAAUCCAUCACUACAUCACCCAAGAACAGCAUUUUUAGGCUUGGCAAAUGAGAAAAUAGUUUUACUUUCAGCAAACAGUAUACGAGCUACAGUAGCUACAGAGAGCAACAAGGUUGCCACGUGGGUUGAUGAAACAUUAAGUUCUGUGGCUUCCAAGCUGGAGCACACUGCCCAGAUUUUCCCUGAGUUGCAGGGUGAUAAGAUUGUGUCUUUGCAUUGCUGUGCUCUUUACACCUGUGCACAGCUAGAGAAUAACUUAUAUUGGUGGGGAGUUGUUCCGUUCAGUCAGCGGAAGAAGAUGCUUGAAAAAGCACGUGCUAAAAAUAAGAAACCCAAAUCUAGUGGUGGUAUUUCUUCCAUGCCAAAUAUUACAGUUGGAACCCAGGUCUGUUUAAGGAAUAAUCCUCUAUACCAUGCUGGAGCAGUGGCUUUUUCCAUCAGCGCUGGAAUUCCAAAAGUUGGAGUUUUGAUGGAGUCUGUGUGGAAUAUGAAUGAUAGCUGCCGAUUCCAAUUGCGUUCACCUGAGAGCCUGAAAAACUUGGAGAAAUCCAGCAAAACCACAGAGGCCAAGCCUGAAAGCAAACCAGAACCUGUUAAAACAGAGAUGGGUCCGCCACCAUCCCCAGCAUCCACUUGCAGUGAUGCCUCUUCUAUAGCAAGCAGUGCAUCCAUGCCAUACAAACGAAGGAGAUCAACACCUGCUCCUAAAGAAGAAGAAAAGGUGAAUGAAGAACAGUGGUCACUUCGGGAAGUUGUUUUUGUUGAAGAUGUAAAGAACGUUCCAGUGGGCAAGGUGCUCAAAGUGGAUGGGGCCUAUGUGGCUGUGAAGUUCCCUGGCACUUCCAAUAACUCUAGUAGCCAGUGUAACCCUGGUUGUGAGCCCGACCCAUCAUCUCUCCUACAAGAUUGCCGGUUAUUGAGAAUUGAUGAACUUCAGGUGGUGAAAACAGGUGGAACGCCUAAAGUCCCAGACUGUUUCCAAAGGACUCCUAAAAAGUUGUGCAUUCCUGAAAAAACUGAAAUCCUGGCCGUAAAUGUAGAUUCCAAAGGUGUUCACGCGGUUUUGAAGACUGGAACAUGGGUCCGCUACUGUAUAUUUGAUCUUGCUACUGGCAAAGCUGAACAGGAGAACAAUUUUCCCACCAGCAGUAUUGCUUUUCUUGGUCAGAAUGAGAGAAAUGUUGCCAUCUUUACAGCUGGACAGGAAUCACCCAUCAUUCUGAGAGAUGGAAAUGGUACCAUUUAUCCCAUGGCUAAAGAUUGUAUGGGUGGGAUAAGAGAUCCUGACUGGCUUGAUCUUCCACCAAUUAGCAGCCUUGGUAUGGGCGUUCACUCCUUAACUAAUCUUCCAGCAAAUUCAACAAUUAAAAAGAAGGCUGCCAUAAUAAUUAUGGCUGUGGAGAAGCAGACCCUGAUGCAGCAUAUUCUGCGUUGUGACUAUGAGGCAUGUAGACAAUAUUUGAUGAACCUAGAGCAAGGUGUUGUUUUGGAACAGAACACACAGAUGCUACAGACCUUUCUUGGCCACCGCUGUGAUGGCAAUCGAAAUAUUCUGCAUGCAUGUGUGUCCGUUUGCUUUCCAACAAGCAACAAAGAAACUAAAGAGGAGGAGGAAGCAGAGCGCUCUGAAAGGAAUACGUUUGCAGAAAGACUCUCUGCUGUGGAAGCUAUUGCCAAUGCUAUUUCUGUGGUGUCAAGUAACGGCCCUGGGAAUCGGGCUGGGUCUUCUAGUAGCCGGAGUUUGCGACUUCGGGAGAUGAUGAGGAGAUCUCUUAGGGCAGCAGGCCUUGGUAGACAUGAAUCUGGAGCUUCCAAUGAUCAUCAAGACCCAGUAUCUCCUCCUAUUGCACCUCCUAGUUGGGUCCCUGAUCCACCAGCUAUGGAUCCAGAUGGUGACAUCGAUUUUAUCCUGGCGCCUGCCGUAGGGUCCCUUAACACUGCAUCCACAGGCACUGGCCAGGGCGCUAGUACUUCAACCAUACCUGGUCCUUCUUCUGAACCCUUAGUGGUGGAGUCCAAAGACCGCAAGGCCAAUGCACACUUUAUCCUCAAGUUACUGUGUGAUAGCAUAGUCCUACAGCCCUACCUCAGAGACCUUCUUUCUGCCAAGGAUGCUAGAGGUAUGACACCUUUCAUGUCAGCUGUUAGUGGUAGGGCCUAUCCUGCUGCUAUUACCAUAUUGGAAACUGCACAGAAAAUUGCUAAAGCUGAAGCAAAUUCCAGUGAGAAAGAGGAAGAUGUGUUCAAAGGAAUGAUUUGUCCUCCUGGGACAAAUGCAGAUGACUCCCCUCUCUAUGUCUUGUGCUGUAAUGAUACCUGCAGCUUUACCUGGACAGGGGCAGACCAUAUCAACCAGGACAUAUUUGAAUGCCGGACAUGUGGGUUAUUGGAGUCUCUAUGCUGCUGUACAGAAUGUGCCAGAGUCUGCCAUAAAGGCCAUGAUUGCAAGUUGAAAAGGACAUCACCUACAGCCUAUUGUGACUGCUGGGAAAAAUGUAAAUGUAAAACCUUAAUUGCAGGCCAAAAGGCUGCUCGCCUUGACCUAUUGUACAGACUACUGACAAUCACAAACUUGGUGACAAUGCCAAAUAGCAGAGGAGAGCACCUUCUUCUUUUCUUGGUUCAGACAGUUGCUAGGCAGACGGUAGAACACUGCCAAUACAGACCUCCACGUAUUAGAGAAGAUCGGAACCGUAAGGCAGCCAAUCCUGAAGAUUCAGAUAUGCCAGAUCAUGACUUAGAACCACCAAGGUUUGCUCAACUUGCCCUUGAACGAGUCUUACAAGAUUGGAAUGCCUUGAAAUCUAUGAUCAUGUUUGGAUCGCAGGACAACAAAGACCCUCUUAGUGCCAGCAGUCGAAUUGGCCAUCUUUUGCCUGAAGAACAGGUUUAUCUCAACCAACAAAGUGGUACAAUUCGCCUGGACUGUUUCACUCAUUGCCUUAUUGUGAAGUGUACUGCAGACAUUUUGCUUUUGGACACCUUAUUGGGGACCCUUGUAAAGGAAUUGCAGAACAAAUACACGCCUGGGCGUAGAGAAGAAGCUGUUGCUGUAACUAUGCGCUUCCUACGUUCAGUGGCACGCGUGUUUGUCAUUCUUAGUGUUGAAAUGGCUUCUUCUAAAAAGAAAAACAAUUUUAUUCCACAGCCAAUUGGCAAGUGCAAGCGAGUGUUCCAAGCAUUGCUCCCAUAUGCCGUGGAGGAGUUAUGUAACGUUGCUGAAUCACUGAUAGUUCCUGUGCGAAUGGGCAUUGCACGUCCUACAGCGCCUUUCACCUUGGCUAGUACAAGUAUAGACGCCAUGCAGGGUAGUGAAGAACUAUUUUCUGUAGAACCUCUCCCACCACGACCGUCCUCGGAUCAGUCAAGCAGUUCUAAUCCGUCUCAAUCAUCCUAUAUCAUACGAAACCCUCAACAAAGAAGAAUAAGUCAGUCACAGCCUGUGAGAGGCAGAGAUGAAGAACAAGAUGACAUUGUCUCAGCAGAUGUGGAAGAGGUGGAAGUAGUAGAAGGUGUGGCUGGAGAGGAAGAUCACCAUGACGAACAGGAGGAACAUGGGGAGGAGAAUGCAGAAGCUGAGGGACAACAUGAUGAACAUGAUGAGGAUGGAAGUGACAUGGAACUGGAUCUUCUUGCUGCCGCAGAAACAGAAAGUGACAGUGAGAGUAAUCACAGCAAUCAGGACAACGCAAGUGGUAGAAGAAGUGUUGUGACUGCAGCUACUGCUGGUUCGGAAGCAGGCGCAAGCAGUGUCCCAGCCUUUUUUUCUGAAGACGACUCACAGUCCAAUGACUCCAGUGACUCAGACAGCAGCAGUAGCCAAAGUGAUGACUUGGACCAGGAGACCUUCAUGAUUGAUGAACCUCUGGAGAGAUCAACAAAUUCCACCCACGCAAAUGGUGCUGCCCAAGCUCCUCGUUCCAUGCAAUGGGCAGUGAGGAACACCCAGAGUCAGAGAACUCCUAAUGCUGCUCCAUCUAGCACAUCCACUCCAGCAGGCAAUUCAGGUGCUCUGAUUUACAUUGAGCCAUCCAGCUUGCGCCGGAGUGGGAACAUGAGCUCCAGCGCAGCAGCGGCCCUGGAGGCAAGCAAUUCCAGUAGCUACCUGACGUCUGCAAGCAGUUUGGCAAGAGCAUACAGCAUAGUCAUACGGCAAAUAUCGGAUUUAAUGGGCUUAAUCCCAAAGUACAAUCAUCUAGUGUAUUCUCAGAUUCCUGCUGCUGUGAAGUUGACUUAUCAAGAUGCUGUUAACUUGCAGAACUAUGUUGAAGAAAAGCUUAUCCCAACCUGGAACUGGAUGGUCAGCAUAAUGGACUCCACAGAGGCCCAGCUACGUUAUGGGUCUGCAUUGUCAUCUGCGGGAGAUCCUGGCCACCCCAACCAUCCACUUCAUGCUUCCCAAAAUUCCACCCGACGAGAGAGGAUGACUGCACGAGAAGAGGCCAGUUUGCGCACUCUGGAGGGUAGAAGAAGAGCCACAUUGCUCAGCGCUCGACAGGGAAUGUCUGCUCGUGGAGACUUUUUAAACUAUGCCCUUUCUCUAAUGCGGUCUCACAAUGAUGAACACUCUGAUGUGCUCCCUGUUCUGGAUGUCUGCUCAUUGAAACACGUGGCCUAUGUAUUCCAGGCUCUGAUCUAUUGGAUUAAGGCAAUGAAUCAACAAACUACACUAGAUACUCCUCAACUUGAAAGAAAGAGGACCCGAGAAUUAUUGGAACUUGGCCUAGACAAUGAAGAUUCUGAACAUGAGAAUGAUGAUGACACAAAUCAGAGUUCCACAUUGAAUGACAAAGACGAAGACACACUACCAGCUGAGACUGGUCAGAAUCAUCCGUUUUUCAGACGCUCUGAUUCCAUGACAUUCCUGGGUUGUAUUCCACCAAACCCCUUUGAAGUUCCUCUAGCUGAAGCCAUCCCACUUGCUGACCAACCACAUCUUUUGCAGCCGAAUGCUCGAAAGGAAGACUUGUUUGGCCGUCCAAGCCAGGGUCUUUAUUCCUCUACAGCCAACAGUGGGAAAUGCUUAAUAGAAGUGACAGUAGACAGAAACUGCCUUGAGGUUCUACCAACCAAAAUGUCUUAUGCUGCUAACCUGAAGAAUGUAAUGAGUAUGCAAAGCCGCCAGAAAGAAACAGAAGAUCAAAAUAUGCUGCCCGAGGAACCAGACAACUCCAAACCAGGCCCUUCAGCACAUGACCUAGCAGCACAAUUAAAGAGCAGUUUAUUGGCAGAAAUUGGACUGACUGAGAGUGAAGGUCCUCCUUUGACAUCUUUCAGGCCACAGUGCAGUUUUAUGGGCAUGGUGAUUUCCCAUGAUAUGCUCUUAGGACGAUGGCGUUUGUCUCUUGAGCUGUUCGGCAGAGUAUUUAUGGAAGAUGUUGGAGCAGAACCUGGAUCGAUUUUGACAGAAUUAGGUGGUUUUGAAGUAAAAGAAUCGAAGUUCCGCAGAGAGAUGGAGAAACUACGAAAUCAGCAGUCAAGAGACCUGACACUAGAGGUUGAUAGAGAUAGAGACCUUCUUAUCCAGCAAACAAUGAGGCAACUAAACAACCACUUUGGCCGUAGAUGUGCCACAACUCCGAUGGCUGUACACAGAGUAAAGGUCACCUUCAAAGAUGAGCCUGGGGAAGGCAGUGGAGUAGCCCGAAGUUUUUAUACUGCAAUUGCACAAGCAUUUUUGUCAAAUGAGAAACUGCCUAGCCUUGAUUGUAUCCAGAAUGCUAACAAAGGAACACAUACAAGUUUAAUGCAGAGGUUAAGGAAUCGGGGUGAGAGAGAUCGAGAGAGGGAACGAGACAUGCGGAGAAGUAGUGGUUUGCGUGCAGGAUCUCGCCGUGAUAGGGACAGGGAUUUUAGAAGACAGCUCUCAAUUGAUACACGUCCUUUUAGACCAUCAUCUGAAGGAAAUCCUAGUGAUGAUCCAGACCCUCUGCCAGCACAUCGCCAGGCACUUGGGGAGAGGCUGUACCCACGUGUGCAAGCUAUGCAGCCAGCAUUUGCAAGUAAAAUCACCGGUAUGUUGCUUGAAUUAUCUCCUGCGCAACUGCUAUUGCUACUUGCCAGUGAAGACUCUCUGCGGGCCAGGGUCGAUGAGGCCAUGGAACUAAUCAUUGCACAUGGAAGGGAAAAUGGAGCCGACAGCAUCCUUGAUCUUGGUUUGUUAGAUUCAUCUGAUAAGGUCCAGGAAAACCGGAAACGUCAUGGCUCUAGCCGCAGUGUUGUAGAUAUGGAACUGACGGAUACAGAUGAUGGUGAUGAUAAUGCUCCCCUUUUUUACCAGCCUGGUAAAAGAGGUUUCUACACCCCUAGACCUGGGAAAAACACAGAGGCCAGGUUAAACUGUUUCCGAAAUAUUGGCAGGAUUCUUGGUUUAUGUUUACUACAAAACGAACUGUGCCCUAUUACAUUAAGUAGACAAGUUAUUAAAGUCCUUCUUGGAAGAAAGGUGAACUGGCACGACUUUGCAUUUUUUGACCAUGUGAUGUAUGAGAGUUUGCGACAGCUUAUCCUUGCUUCACAAAGUGCAGACGCAGAUGCAGUAUUUGCAUCAAUGGAUCUAGCAUUUGCCAUAGACUUGUGCAAAGAGGAGAGCGGAGGACAGGUUGAACUUAUUCCCAAUGGUGUAAAUAUCCCAGUUACCCCUCAGAAUGUAUAUGAGUAUGUAAGGAAGUAUGCUGAACACAGAAUGCUUGCGGUUGCAGAACAACCUCUUCAUGCAAUGAGAAAAGGUCUGCUAGACGUACUCCCAAAGAACGCCCUAGAAGAUUUAACUGCAGAGGAUUUUCGGUUAUUGGUCAAUGGAUGUGGGGAAGUUAAUGUCCAGAUGCUUAUCAGUUUUACAUCUUUCAAUGACGAGUCAGGAGAGAAUGCAGAGAAACUAUUACAGUUCAAGCGUUGGUUCUGGUCUAUAGUGGAAAAAAUGAGUAUGACAGAGCGACAAGAUUUGGUUUAUUUUUGGACAUCAAGCCCAUCGUUGCCUGCAAGUGAGGAGGGAUUUCAGCCUAUGCCAUCAAUUACCAUCCGACCUCCCGAUGACCAACACCUUCCCACAGCAAACACAUGCAUCUCUCGCCUCUACGUCCCUCUUUACUCCUCUAAACAGAUUCUCAAACAGAAGUUGUUACUUGCUGUAAAGACCAAGAAUUUUGGUUUUGUGUAGAUUAAAGUGUGCUGCCGUGUAAGAUUCCUAAUAAUCCUAGCAAUUUUUUUUUUUUUUUGUAAAUCUUUUUCCAUUUGUCUAUAAAAGUUUAUUAAAGCCUAUACUGUCACUCCCCCUGGUGGUACAUCAAGGACUAUCAUUUUGGCGUUCAAUGUUACGGACGCAUCUAGCACCAGAGGGAUUAAUAGACAUUCCUAUGCUAAACUUUGCAAACUAAUAACCCGUGAUAAUCCUAGCACAUUUUGGCUAUGUACGGUUCGGCUAGGUGCCCUCUCUGGAAUUGACAGCAGGACAUUAUAAAAUACACUGUGAUAGUUUUUAUUCAAAGGUGGGAUAAGGUUACAAUGUUUGAAAAUUCACUGCUGCCUUUUGUGCAAAAUGCUUAAUUGCAGAUUCUUGUAUAGAGGGAGCAAGGAAUUUCAAAAUAAAAAGUGUUUUUUGUCCCUCUUCAUUUUUUCCCUUUUAUUUUAUUUGUGGAAAGGGAUGGGCAUUUUUUUUUCUCCCCACUCCAUGCUACUUAAUUCUAGUUUGGCUACAGUGUGUACAUGAUGUAUAAUAAACUUGUAAAAUUGA